UUGUUCCGGCGUUUACCGUCUCCGCACCCGCCGGGAGCUUUUGGGGGAACACCUGCACUGAGGCGCACGGCUUUCGCUGGCAUUCCUGAGGAUUACACCAGUGAAACGCACCCCCUUAGAUACGAUUUCCUUCUUUACCACCUCACAAGGCUCUCCUCUCUGUUUUCUUCCCACUUUCUCAGCAGGCUGAGGAUGGCGUUCAGUCGGCGGGCAGCAGGGCAGCAGAUCUUUUUUGCUCUCAUGUUGCUGCUUCUCUCUUCAGGGUUGGGUGCAGCUUCCAACCUAGUAAACCUGCGUAGGAUCACCCAUCCUACAGUCCAUCAAACACUUGCAGGCAAAGCUGUCCUCCCCUGUGUCUUCACCCUCCAGACCAGCUCCCUCCAGCCCCCUCAACUCCUUUGGACUCACACAAAACCACUGGCUGGUGGACGAGGUGCUCCCCUGGAGCAGGUUGUGCUUUCUGCAAAAGGUGAUGUAAUCAAGGUGAAUAAGGCUUUCAUUGGCCGAGUGGCGCUGCCAGGAUACGCUGCCAAUUCUCUGAAUGCUACCAUGGAGAUCUCCAGUCUCCGUACCAACGACUCAGGCACUUACCACUGUCAGGUUGUCAUGGGCACUGACUAUGAGAGAGACACUGUGGCCCUUGUGGUUUCGGGUGUGGUGUUUCACUACCAAGUUCCUAACGCCCGUUACACCCUAUCAUUCACUGAUGCUCAGCGAGCCUGCCAGGAAAACUCCGCUCAGGUUGCCACGGCAGCCCAGCUGUGGGCUGCGUACCACGAUGGCUUUGCCAGCUGUUCAGCCGGCUGGUUGGAGGAUCAGACUGUCCGUUAUUCUGUCCAGCUGCCAGAGCUUGGUUGCUAUGGACACAAGGAGUACUCUGCUGGAGUGAGGAACUAUGGGAAAAGAGAUCCGAAAGAGCUGUUUGAUGUCUACUGUUUUGCAAAAGAACUCGAUGGGGAAGUAUUCCACUCCUCGGUCCCGGGUAGGCUGUCGCUGUCUUCGGCCUCUGACCGCUGUGUGUCUCUCGGGGGUCAACUCGCCACAGUGGGACAACUUUACCUGGCCUGGAGGGCUGGCCUGGACAGCUGUGCCCCCGGCUGGCUAUCGGACGGCAGCGUCCGGUACCCGGUCACCUGGCCUCGCCGAGACUGCGGCGGGAGCCAGCCGGGAGUUCGCACCGUCACACAAAACAUCACCGAUGACAACACAACGGCACUGUAUGACGUUUACUGCUACAGAGGCAAAGUGAAGAGUGCAGGCUCCAUCUCUCAGAUCUACACCUCCUUGUGGAAGCCCUGGAGCUAUCUUGCAGACUCAAGCACUGCUGACACUGCAGGGUCAGACGGUUCCGGCCUAACAACACAGCAAACCGCCAGCCUAAGAGCAUCCUCAGAUGGAAGCGAUGUGGCAUCGUUGAACUGGACAGAAGUGGUCGACCUGGAGCAGGAAGCUUCUCCUUAUACUGCUUAUCCCUGGUCCUCAGAGUCCUCCAGGUCAUUUGUGACCCUUCAGUUGGUCCCAGGACAGAGCUCCUUUGACUGGGGAGAGCCACUGGGGCCUGGCCCUGACUCUGAGGAGUUUCUCAGACCUCCAGUGAUUUCAAAGAUAGUGAAGUCCAUUUGGAAGCCUUGGAACUACCUGAUGAGCCCUGGAGAUGAGGAGGGGACCAAAGCACCAAUUAAUGCCGGGGAAGACACAGCAACAAAAGAAACUGAUAAAGGGACAGCAUCAUCAGGUCUCUUUUCUUGGGGAAGCUCAUGGUUCAGCAAUCCCUCCAGGGACAGCACCACACUAGCUGAUGAAGACUCGACCACUUAUGUGGCAUCCACGUUGACCACUUCAACCAAUUCUAUGACUUCAGAGAACAACAGGAGCUUAGGGAGCUCAGGAGAAACACACCCACUCCCCACCUCUAGCCCUGCCUCUGAAAUGACUUCUUCCAGGAAAGACACCUGGAUUCGUGUUGAAGCGGAGACAACCACCCAGCUGGCCGACAAGAGAGAACAAACAGUUACCUCCAGAGCCAGUGGAAGAGGAAGGGGAAGGGGAAAGAAGAACCGAGGGGAGGAGAGGAGUAGAGGGGAGGUGAAGGGGAGAGGAGAGGAGAGGGGGAAAGCAGAAGAAGAGGGGAGCGGAGAAAUUGCGGCUGCUGAGGCAAAAGGGGAGAUUCAAGUCUCACGUCGCCCUGUUGGUACAAGUAAACCAAGAGAAAGAUCCAGAGAAAGGAAAGGACGCAGAGGACAAACCACCACCACGACUGCCACCACCACCAAUAGCACCACUCCAAUGGAGACCACAAUGGAGACUACUACUGGGGAAGAAAGGGACUUUUCUGCAUUCCAAUACCGGUCUACUUCAUCAGCAGUUGAUGAAUCCCCCCUGUCAACCUCACAGGAGCCAAAUCAUUCUCUGUCAUCUUCAACAUUCCCACUUCCAUCAAACGCACCGUCUAUGUCUUCUCCUCAGUCAUCCCAAACAGUCCUCCUUUCCCAAGAGUCCCAGUCUUUCCAAACAUCUACUGCCAUUGCCUUUUCCUCCUCAAAUACCCCCUCGCCACCAUCAAUCCCGUCCUUCUUGCCAUCAUCAUCAUCACAGUCCGCCUCCCAUCUACCUGCACAGACUGAAACCGCCGAGGUGGCGUCAUCUCCUCAGUCAGACAUCCAGGACAGCUCAUCCGACUCCCUGACCAUGCUUCACUUGGUCCCAGUGGAGGAGGUGGUCUUCAACAGCUCUCUGGAUUACCCUCUGUCCCCACCCAGCCAACCAGAUGAUGAGGAACCCGUCUGGUCGCAUGCUGUGGGAUCAGGGGCCCUUUUACCCGGUAACGUAGACGAGGAGAGCAGCAGAGGAGGAGUCAACAUUACCACCGCAACUCUAAGUCCAACAGCUGAGAUGGAGCCCUGCGUGACAAACCCGUGUCUGCAUGGAGGAAAGUGUCUUCCUCAGGGGACGGGAUACAGCUGCUAUUGUCCACAAGGAUACGCUGGAGAGAACUGUGAGAUCGACGUUGAUGACUGCCAGUCCGAGCCUUGUGAAAACGGAGGGACUUGUGUUGACAAGAUCGAUUCAUUCCUCUGCCUUUGCCUGCCAAGCUACGGAGGAGACAUGUGCGAGAAAGACAUUGAAGGUUGUGAGCACGGCUGGAGGAAGUUUCAUGGCCACUGCUACAGGUAUUUCACACACAGACACACCUGGGAGGACGCAGAGAAAGACUGCAGAGAGCACAGCGCCCACCUUGGUAGCGUCCUCACCAAACCUGAGCAGGAGUUUAUCAACGGUCUCGGCCAUGACAAUGCUUGGAUUGGUUUGAACGAUCGCACAGUGGAGGAGGACUUCCAGUGGACUGAUGGCAACGAUAUGGUGUAUGAGAACUGGAGGGAGAGCCAGCCGGACAACUUCUUUGCGGGCGGUGAGGACUGUGUGGUGACCAUUUCCCAUGAGGAUGGCAAGUGGAACGACGUGCCCUGUAACUACAACCUGCCCUACAUCUGCAAGAAAGGCACAGUGUUGUGCGGGACCCCGCCAGCGGUGGAGAACGCCCAUUUAAUAGGCCGGCGGAGAUCACACUAUGACAUCCAUUCCGUGGUCCGCUACCAAUGCUCUGAGGGGUUUUACCAGCGCCACAUUCCCACCGCGCGCUGCCGGGCCGACGGGAGCUGGGAGCGACCCAGGAUUAUCUGCACAAAGUCUCGACGUUCUCACCGAUACCGACGCCAUCACCACAGCCAGCACCACGAGCGCCGCAGGAACCGGAGACACGGAGGAGAGGGCCACAAGGCCAGAGAGGACGUGCACAGCUACUACUGAGCCAAAUAAUACACCAUCCACAUUGCCUAGGUGCUAACUAUGGCCCAUAAAGAAAGACAGUAGUUCACAUAACUCCUCUCUACUUUCUUGCCAGUCAUCACGCUCUGCUACGCUUCGUUCCUCCCAAUACGUAGAACGAGUUUCUUCGAACCAAUAGCUGAUUUCUACAGUCCUAUUACUGAGUUAGAUUGUUUUGAUGCUUGUUUUAACUAAGGUCCAUGCGAACACUAUAGAGACUUACUUACUUAACACCCUGUGUCCCUUAAGUCUCAGUGGUCAUUUCCCCACCUGUCUAACAAAUUCUAAUCCUCUGUCGGAGCUGUCAGACUCGACAGCAGCGUGUGAGCUUGUGCGAGUGUGUGCAUGUAAGACAGAAAUUUAGAGAUGAGUCACUUUUUGUAAUAGUUUUGCUUGUUCUCCGUGGAAGAUAACUCAUCCCAGUGUUCUGUUUACACAGACAGCAGUGAUGCCGGAUAGCGUUCAAUCCUUGGUAAUCCUGAGCUGUUUGUAUGUGUCCUGUAGCUGUUACUUUUCCAUAGAGCACCCGAGUAGCUUAUCUGUUUUAUUCUACUGACAUUCUUCAUUUUUCUAAUAUUUGCUGUUUGUGUGAGGUUUCUAUUUAUUAUGAAUUAUUUGCUAGUGAAUAUGCUGUCUUUUUUUACUUAUACUACACAGUGCCAGCGUAACAUCAUUUUCUAUACCAGUAUGUAUCUCCGGCAGUCAAUCAGUCUAAAAUGAAUCAUCUGAUUGUCUCUUAUCUCUGUAUUGUAUAUACUGUGGUGUGUUUUAUUGGCUGAUACCUGAUCAAUACGUGGACUUUGUCCAAUCAAACAGACUCCUCAUCCAACGCAUACGUCUCACUGACUUAGUUUGUGUGGUUGGGACCAUAAAAUACUCUAAGAUAAACAUUUGAUUGUAUCUGGUUUGCUAAUCACGUUUGGUUUUUGCACGGCUAUAUUUACACAAUGGGUAGAAUGUCACUAUUUUUUGUCUUUGGUCCAUUUGAUAUUUGAGCUGUCAUCCACUUUUUUGGUGUUCUGAUGACUUUUUGUCCUGCUGUUGUAUUCCAUUCUUAAUAAAGUAAAUAAAACCUACUGGUGAUUUUUCGUGUUAUGUUAGCAAAACC